CACUAAAGCGGAAGCAAAUAGCAUUUGAUCCGUCAUUUUUUACGUCAAUAGAUAUUUCUUUUCAUUAUCUACGAAUUUAUAUUUUCUGGUAUAUUAGUUCACAAAUUGCUUUGCUAAAUAUCGACAAGUGUGUGUUAAGCAGUCGGAUUGAGUGAUAUUUUCACUUACAGAUUGUUUACAAGAAUCUAAAAUGUCCGGAGAACCAGAAGUAACCCACACUCCUGAAGAGGAUGCUGAAGAAGAAAUCAAGUCUUCGUAUAAACCUCCCCCAGAGAAGACAAUUGAGGAGAUCCUCGCGGCCGACCAGGAAGACGAGUCUUUACGGAAGUAUAAGGAAGCCCUACUCGGACAGGCCCAAACUGGAGCUGUGAUUGUUGACCACAACGACCCCAGGAAGGUGAUAGUGAAGAAGUUGGCGCUGUGCGUGGCGGGUCGGGACGAUGUCGAGUUGGACCUCAGCGGCGACCUGACUGAUCUCAAAAAGCAGGUGUUUGUGAUAAAAGAGGGUGUGCAAUACAGAAUAAGGAUCGAUUUCAUCGUACAACGGGAGAUUGUCCACGGCCUGAAGUAUGUACAAAAGACGUACCGACUUGGCGUUCCAGUUGACAAGAUGACCCAUAUGGUAGGGUCGUACCCCCCCAAAACGGAGAUCCAAUCAUACACCACCCCCCCUGAAGACGCCCCCUCAGGAAUGGUCGCGAGGGGCUCCUACACAGUCAACAGCCUCUUCACAGAUGAUGACAAGAAUGUCCACCUCCAAUGGGAAUGGUGCUUCGAGAUCAAGAAAGACUGGAAGGACUAGAGUGCUGGACACAAACCGUACUGGAUUGGACGCUUGGACGAAAUUCCUUUGCCUGUGCCAUAGACAAUCUUCAUCUGCGUGGGGUGCGUUUCCUUUUUCUAAAUUUGAAAUUGUCCGUAGAACUAAGAAUUUACUGGCUUGUUCCAAUUUUUAUGAUAUUAUGGGUUUUAAAAAAUGAAGACCAAUGUCAUGGUCAGUGAUUUAUUGUACCAUAUUGAAUGGGGUUGCCUGAAAACAAUAUAUACUCAUCGUGGGACAAGUUGUCAAUAUAGAAUCCAUAGUACAUCGCUGCCUUAUUAUUGUUAAGUUCCAAUAAUCGAAGCAAUAAUCUUUCCAUUCAAUGUGUAUUGAUACAAUAUAGAGAGAAUGCAUAGACACACAGUAAAUAAACGAUAUUUUGAGAUUUGUAUACAUUAUUUGCUGACUCCAUCGCAAAAUAUGAUUCGUUGAAAAGUGAGCUUUAAAAUAUCCUUUUUAGACAUACUUCACAUUGAUGAUAACACGAGAGCUGUUUAGCCGCUAAUUUAUUUUUCAGUGUAACAUAUAUCUUCAGUGGAGGAUAUAAAGCUCAUAUUUCAAGGAAAAUAAUAUUUCCUAAUGGGAGCGGUGUCGUAUAACGGAGUAUAUAAAACCCUUAUGUCAAUGGAAUAAGAGUGUUGUUAAUAAGAUUCGUACCAGCUCUGUGUAGCAACUAGCAACACCCUUCUUCCAUUGGCAGAUUUCACGUCGAUUAAUGUGCGAUCCCCAUUAAUCGGCUACGAAGUUCACACAACAGUUCCAAUAUCCAGUCCAGUUCGUGUCGGGAAUGGUGGCUGACUGAUUGUUGAUCUACUUGCAACUUAGGGUUAAGGUCUAAAAAUAUACAUCUAUUAAACUCUUGACUCAGAAAUUUACUUAUUGCUGAAAAAACAAAUAUUAGUAACUUUUAAACAGAGAUUUCGCUUCAUUUCUAUUAUUUCAGUAUUAAUCUUUUAGUCUCUAUAUCUAUUGGACAGAAGGGUGACAUUAGAAUAACAUCUGAGUGAGACGGUGAGUUUACUUGCCUAUAAUCUCUUUCGUUACCUUUCUUCAGUGAAAUCAAUACAUAUGCGUCGCCUAUUCUAAAUUUUAAACUCUAUGUCGCAUGCAAUAAAGUUGAAAAUCCUCGAGUCUGAUUUUAAUGAUGUUAAGACCGAUAGACAUAGUCGUACAUAGAUUGGAUAAACGACUAUGUCUAUUGGUCAAUUUAAAUAUUACAAUUAAUUUACAUACUUGUAUCCAUAAUGUAUGAUAGUUUCUAGAAGUCAAACAUCAAAAAUAUUUAGUGUACAAUAUUGAAUUUAAUAUGAGUAUUUUAAAUACAUUUUAUAUUAAUAUACUAUAAUAUAUCUAUUUUACAUUUAGCAAUAUUUUUUUAGGUAUACGCAUUGAUAUUUUUAGGCGCUGGAUACACACAAUAUCAAUUUGUUUUUUAUACAUUUUCGGCUAAACUCAUUUGACAGUUCGCAAUAUUGACAGUUCGCAUUUGUCAGCUGUCAAUUGUUAAACGAACUGAAGCUGAACCAUAGAGCCGUAGAAUAAAAAAAGUGGACUGUGUAUCCAGUGCCUAUAGUUUUCCGCUAAGAUAUUUCUAAGUGGCGUGUGAUUGCGAAAAGCAGCCGAGUAUUAGCAUCCAGAGAGCCGAGCGAGUUACCACGCUAUACGUGUAUAAUUCAUAGUGAUAAUUACAGUGUCUUUAUCAACCUUGACAUUGGCAAAACCACUAUUUGGCUAAACAAUGGAGUCAUAAAAUUAAAAAAAGUCAACACGGGCUAUACAUAAAUACAGAGUAGAUAUGGGUCGUUACGCGUUUUUCGGAUAACACAACGACACGUUGCCAGCGUUAUCACAACCGUUGUCUAACACGACAACGUUGUCUAAAACGUCUAUUUAGAAGCGAUCUAUUUUGCAACCAAUUCAAGGUCAACAAAACAAAAGGAAAGAAAAUGUGCAAAUAACGCAAUUAUCUAAAGCAAUCUUAUUACAAUACAAUAAGAUAGACUAUCGCACAACCGCAUAGCGCCAAAAGUUAACCUCGUAACUGAUUAGAUGCCUUUUUUUUUUUCAUCCUACGCAUAACGGGUGAUUGAGCGAGCGAGAUGUUUGUUUCAUUCGUUCCAUUCGUUAUGUUAUAAUUUCUCCGCAAACAAAUGCAACGCAACACCUCCUGUGAUGUUUUGCGUUGUCAGAAAUAUAGAUUGUUGUGAUAAAUAGAUCAUAUAAGUGACUCGUAACGCUUGCGAUGUCGUUCAGCCACAACAUAAGUUUGAUAAAUGCGCAUCGCGCUGCGUCACGCAGCAUUUGUCGCAUUUCUAGCUUGAUGAGGACACUUACAUUUCUUCUUGUCGAGUCGGAAUGGCUAUUAUAUAAUUCUCGACAAACGUGGCUACGCUUAAGGCUCAAUCUUGUCAAGUCUUCCAUCGUGCAAGAUGUGGGGUAGUUGGGACGCGAUAACGGAUGUGUUACAGAUUGUUAUAUAGUAAGGUCGCAAAAAUGCAAGAUCUAAGUAAUUGAUUAUCCUCCAUUACAUUUUCGCACUCACACGCCUAUAGUCAUUAUUGCUAUAGUCAGCCCACUAUUUCAUACAUCCGGCAGCGCUAACACCAUUCCUCUAGCAUUUCAGUAUAUUCUGAUUUCUAUAAGUACUUUAAUAUUUUGUUGCAACGUUGUAAAAAUUUUGACAAUGAAAUGAAAUACCAGAUUUCAAUAUUCCCAUUCCCAACAUUCCAUAUUUGAAUUGUCAAACAAUUAAAUACACAAAAUAUUUUUCGCAAAACGAUUUUUAGACAUCUGUCCAAAAUGGAGAACUCCCCUUUUCAAUUAUAAAAUGUUAUAUCAUUUAACAUUUUAUUGUCAUUAAUUUUGCAACGCUGCGAUCAGUCGAGACAAUUAUGUAUUUGGAUGUUUGAAUAUACAAAUCAAUAAGUACCAAAAUUUAGUAUUAUAGAUAAGGGUAUUGAUGAACGAAAUCAAAUGAAAAUCUAUUUUUAAUAACGUGAUUGCUUACAACCAGUGCUGGUGAAGCUAAGGUGGCAACAAUAAUAUAUUAUAAUAGUAUUAUUAUGGAUUGAGCUGUUUAAUGUGUAGUCUCAAUUAGUCUUUAAGUGGCGAAGUACAUGAAAGAGCUUUGUUGUGACGACAUUUUAAGUCAACGAACUGUAGAUAGAGAAAGAUAGACUUCGUCGAAUCUUUCGUUUCACUCAUACAAGAAAGAAAAACUAGAAAUACACGAGAAGAAACGUGUGCUCGGUUUGUAAAAACGCUUAUAUGUAUGAGAUGGACGGCGAGUUGUAUGGAAAUGUUCUCAUUUGUUGACUAUGCUGUCUUUAAUUUUCUUUGUCUCUGAGAUACACUCUUCCAUAUCGCGAAUGAGUGUAAUAAGACCCUUUUCGUAUAUGUCAGACCUUGAUUAACUGAACAUUUGACUCCCUAGAUUGUCUACCCCCAUAGUACAGUUUUAAAAAUUUGAUCGGAUCUAAGACACGUGUUUCGAUAUUUUGAAGUCAACGCUUUUACUUACGCUCAAUUUGGAUGUUCUACUGUUUUGUUUUAUCAUUCGACAGAGACAACUAAUAAUUUAUCUGGUUAUUAUCAUUCAAUCUAUGUGGUGAGACAACUGUUAAUUUAUCUAAUUCAUUUUAAACAAUUACAAAACACACAGCUCGCACAUGUACGAGAUUUUGUUAUAGACAUGUGUUAUUGACAAACAUAACAAGACUUAUCGUCACGACAAACGCUCAAAUUCAAAUGAAACUCUCGGUUCGCCAGAAACAAUUUUAUCAAAUGACGAAAUGAUAUUUUGAUCCCAUGGGAAAAAUAGACUGCUUUCAUCACAUGAUAUUGAACAAACAUGAUAUUAAAACCUGUAUGUUGCUCAUAUUGAUGCAAAAUUUGUUUUUGACGCACCGCGAGAUGAAAUUAAAAAUGGCAUUUAAAUUGAAUAACGCUUGGCGAGGUGCUUCAGUGUGCAUUCACUGGUGCUCUUCAAUGUGUAAUCUAAUGUUAGGCUUCCCUUUUAUAAAUUUUUGAAUAAAAACAUUUCCAUACUGGUCUUCUAGGACUCAAUUUUGAAGCACGCGUAAUCGUUUAUAUAAGUCGGAAUGAUGCAAGGCUCAUUACAUUAUGAAAUUAGGUUGUCAUUAAAUUUAUUUGCACAAGUUUACGGUUCUCUUCGUAUAUGUUUAAAAUUAAUGGGAUAGCUAAUAGUAUUGGAAUUUUAAGCCAAUGUCUUUUUCGUAACGUAACAUCUGUUAGCAAUGACAUUAAUAUUGAUCAAUAGCAAUAAUAUUGGGCAAAGAAUUUGGGUGGCACCGUGCGCAGUCCUACCCGAAUAGCUAUAAUAUAAAGUGAAAAGUAAGUCUAAGCCGUUUAGGGUUGUCAAUCAGAAGAAAACGGAGCAAAAUGCAUCGAACAUGGGUGGUAAAGACUACGUGCCUUACACUCAACCUAUUAAAAAGUCAUCAUAUCAAAAUAUGACUGAAUUAAAUUAUUUUAUUUAAAGGGUAUUCGUGCUCGAAUUUGUCACAAUAACAUUUCCCAACUUUCUACCUCGUAGUAUGAAAGAUUUAUCAGUAUUAUGUAAUAUCGUAUUUUUGAUACAUUUGUAUACUAGAAUCGAACAAUAUUAGAUAUUAGAAUCGUUGUGUCCUAAAAUAAGAAUUCAUAAUUGUCGAAAUGGUGCUUCAAAAUUGAGUCAUUAUUUAGUUCUUGGUAUAUUUUAUUGUAUAAAAUAUCGGUUGAAUUCAUGGAUUUUUUCUAUAGAUGUGUAAUGUUUUAUGCAUUGUAAUAGUUUGGCCAAAAAUAAAGCUUAUUUAUUCAA